UCCUCAAACUCGUAAAACGAUCUCAUCUUUCGUUGAAUUGCCCUUAUUUUACAGAUUUCCGCAAUCGGUCUGCCUUGUCUAUUUUCUUCAGCUACGACGAGACCGAUACCCACAAAUCCCAUCUGCCAGAUCCCUAAGCUACUGCAAACCUUUCAUCCCAAGCCCAUCACACACAGCCGUCACCUUCAUCCGCAAUGGGGAAAACCGAAAAUAACUAUGACCCUCAGAUGCCCCCGCUUCCUCUCGCAGAACCACCCGAGUGCAAGGAAUGUGGCCAAGCCUGUAAGCGGGAAUCGCGCGGAAGGCGAUCAUGUUGGUGCUGUUAUUGUUACCUUAGGAACAACCAACCAGUCUGGAGCACGUGGGACGACACCGAGGGAGUGGAGCCUGGAAACCCGCUCUGCGAUUGUGGCUAUUACUCUCGCAGCGGAACUAAAAAAACGGGAGAACCAUUCAAAUCAUGCGCCGUGGGCCGUUGCAACAUGUCCGAUUACAAAGGAUGGUCAUCAAAGAAGGCACCAGGGCCUUCCUACUUAACUCCUCCAGCCACUCCGUCAAGAUACAAGGGGCCACAGCCGACUGGCGGAAUUGGUGAUUCGAGCUAUAUCUCUCCCCAAGAACCUAGGAGAAAUAGAUCCUUCGGCAAUGACGAGCCGCCAUACACUCGGAAGGACCCAGAACUCAUUCGUCUUCUGGAACAUGUCUUUACCAUAGCAGAAAAAAAGAGGUUUCCCAGCCAAAUGCCGAACAUGUCAGACCUCAGGAACGCACUGCCAGCUAUUAGUGGCUCGACCCAGGCGCCCAUCCCAUUCAAAAUCCGCUCAUCUACUGAUUUCGAGAGACAUUCAAAGAUUGGUGCUGCUGGGGAGUUAUAUGUGUGGGCCUUGAUCUCUUUUCUUCUUCCUGCAAAUGGUAUCUACGUUGAAGAUUGGAAGAGCAACAUGCGAAAUUGGGCCAAACAACACCCGGAUCUGGCGCAUUUCCCCGAUUACGUCGGCGGUGAGACGGCCGACCUGGACUUCCUCGACGAUACUGGUGCCUUUACAAACCUCCUCAUUCAGAGUGGCUACCUUGACAGCGGGAUAUGGCGUGGACAAAAACCACAUUAUCUGAUUGAGGUCAAGUCGUCCCUGUCAAAUAAGAACAAGGAGUUCUACCUCAGCAGCAACCAGUACGAUAGGAUGCAGGAGAACACAAAACCCAGGCCCUCUUCAUCAAAGAGACCGACCAUCUACAUGGUUGCCCGAGUCUCAAACCUACAGCAGCACGACAUUGAUCUGCGAUUCUACAUAGAUCCGGAAUCGAUGCGAAAGGAGAAAAGGCUUCGCUUCCGACAGGUUUGGGCCGUUGAGGAAGUGGAAGAGUAGUGUCCAUCAAAUGAUCACCGUUGCUUCGUUGCAUUCUUGAACUUUUGUCAGCCUUCGAGGUCAGAAGAGCGCGAUGAAAUGUGGUCUUGGAAGAGGGAGGGAGGAGACUGAGGGACACUGGACAAUGCAUUCAGUGGAUUGAUUUGCAACCCUGGCCCUUGUAGGUUCGUACGCAGAGGAGUUGGUUGGCGGUGACCGUUCGUUGUCUGGAAUAGAGUGCCAUGUAAUUUCAAAAUCCUCUAGAGGGUUGUCCUAGGCCCAUAGCCCAUGCACGUCUGCGUUCACUCGAGCCGUUGUGCGAUUCCCGAUUCGGGUUGACGUUUGCCACGUGCGCUCGCGAGGGUGUCCAGCACUUCUGGGCGAAUUGAUACCUUCUACCUGCGACGACGGCGUCGUAUUCAGCAUACGGGAUUGAUGACCCUUGUGAACGGC